AUGGUAUGUGAAGAAGCAUUGUCAACCUGCAAAGUUUCUGAUAGAACAAAUACAGAUGUUAUAAAUGAUGAUGAUGAAGAGGAGGAAGAAGAAGAUGACCAAGAAGUGGAAGAAGUUGAGGGAGUGGAUGAUUCUUCUAGUUCUUCAAAUGGAAAUGCUGAGCACACUUAA